CUCGGGCUGCGAGCGGGCCGCUGCUCCCCCGGGAGCCGGCGGCCCAGGGGCGGAGCGGGGCUGCCGGCGGGGCGGGUACUGGCGGCCCCAGCGCCGCUCCGCCCCCGCGGCCGCCCCGCCGCGCCCCGAGCGCCUCACGACGGCGGGGAUGGCGACGAGGGAGGAGGAGGAGGACGAGGCGGAGCUGAACCUGCUGGAGUGCCGGGUGUGUUUCGAGCGUUACGGUCCCGGCGGGCAGCGGCGGCCGCGGAACCUGCCUUGCGGGCACGUCCUGUGUCGGGGCUGCGUGGGGGCCUUGGGAGGCCCGGAGAGCCGGCGGCUGGAGUGUCCCUUCUGCCGGCGGGCCUGCGGCUCCGCCGAGACGAGCGACUGCCUGCCGCUGCUGCAGCUGCUGGAGGUGCUGGGCCCCGCCGGCGGCGGCCUCCCCUCGGCCCGGCGGAGGAGCGGCGGCGGGGCGGGCGGGCCGGCCCCCGCGGGCCUGGGGCUGCGGCUGGCCCUGGGGGGCUGGGGGUCGCUGGUCAACCCCAGCGGGGUGGCGGCCUGCCGGAGGUCCGGGCGGCUGGCCGUGGCGCACGACGGCAAGAAGAGGAUCCACGUCUUCGGGCCCGGCGGAUCCUGCCUGCAGCGGUUCGGGGAGCGGGGGGACGCGGGCAACGAUAUCAAGUACCCGCUCGAUGUGACCGUCACCUCGGACGGGCACGUGGUGGUCACCGAUGGCGGGGACCGCUCCGUGAAGGCCUUUGAUUUUGAGGGAAGGGGGGUCCUGGCCAUCCGGGAAGGUUUCUGUCUGCCCUGGGGCUUGGAUGCCACCCCCGAGAGCGAAGUAAUCCUGACCGACUCGGAGGCAGGCGCUCUGUACCGCCUGACGGCCGACUUCACGAAGGGGAAAUUAAAGAAGUGUCAGAUGAUCCGGUCUCGGCUCGUCAGCCCGAGAGGGGUUGCGGUCUCCCAGACCUCGGGUGCUAUCGUGGUAAUAGAGCACCUGAAAGCUCAAGGACCGAACAACGGCAGCACCCGGGUGAAGAUAUUCAGUGCAGAGAUGGACCUCCUUGGCCAGAUGGAUAGCUUCGGUCUGAACCUCGUUUUCCCCUCCAAAAUAUAUACUACGGCCGUGGCCUUUGACAAAGAAGGACGCGUGAUAGUGACGGAUGUCUGUAGCCAGGCCGUGAUAUGCUUAGGGAAACCUGGGGAGUUUCCCAUCUUUAACCCUCUAAUUAGCCAUGGGCUUUCUUAUCCUGUGGGACUGGCUUACACGGCAAACAAUUCCCUCGUUGUCUUAGACAGCGGUGAUCAUUCAGUAAAAAUAUAUAGCUCCACCUGAACGGGUUUAGAUGCUUACUGCUAUAGGUUCAAGCUGCUUUUGGCCGUAAAGCAAAGUUCUGGUCUAGUAGGCGUGUAGGGAGGAGGCGUUUUCUGGGUAGUGCUUUUAAGUGAAAUGGCCCUCUGUGACCAACAUGCUGGUGCUUCCUGUAAAACUCACAUCGAGUCUCUUGCCUAUCCACUGGAGGAGGCCUGGCCAUUGCAGGCCAUAGUCAACGACGAAUCAACGAAACAAAUAAUUUGGCAUUUUAAAAUUAAACUUCCAUACCUUGACAGGUACCGGGAGAGAAAGUGAUGGAUCAUUUGUUUACAUUUCCCAGCACUUAGUGUUCAUUAUUCUUCCUUAAGCGUAGCCACACUCAGGAAAGUGACAGAGUGGUUUCUGUUUCCAGGAUUUCUGCACAAGAAAGGAGACUGGCUUGACGAAAUGAUAGGAGAAGUGGAAGCUUCAGUUCAGAUCCAGCUGAGACCGUUGUGAUGGAGGAGCUACCACCGAUUAGUGAGUUAUGUGAAGUGAAUUGGUGCUCCAAGCCUGUUUUUUCCAUACCGGGGAAGCUCACUUCUGGCAUCGCUCUCCUCUGUUCUAAUUUAUUCCUAUCUUUAUUAGAGUUGUACUGGAGCACUUGGUCUUCGUGUAUAAUAUGCGAGCCUGUGUCUUUACCAAGAGAUAAUUUGGUGUGUGGUUACCAGAGUGAGUAGCUUUUCCCUAAAAGCCCAUUGAAGUCUUUCUGUUCAGACCUCAAAUAUAAAGUUGAGUCGGCUGUGCUGCUAACACAGCUACGCUUGCAAGGUUUCCAAUACUGUCUGCCUCUGUCUUGCCAUUAAUAUGGUAUUCUCACGCUCCAAACUCCACGAUUCAGCCGAAAACUGAAGUGUUGGUGAGAAAAAAGGGGGACGUAAGCCUCUUUUUUUCCCCCCCCCCCCCUUGCUUCCAAAUUAGGUUUUGUUGAUUGUGAAUAUGCAGCAGGUUUACUCCAGUUUAUAUGUCCUUGAAAACAGUUUCACUGUGGACCUGAGUUCUGUUGCCUUACUGCACAGUGGAAAUUAAGGUAUAUCUGAAUGCCUUUGACAAGGAUUUAACACCCACUAGAAGCCACUGCUUCGUUUUUUAGGCAUUUACCUGCUGCUAAAAUAAUUACUUAGGCGGUUCAGCAUUAGAAGGAAGUUAGAUAUACACAUAAAUGCUGUCUGAGGUAGAGACAAGUAGGUUAAAAUGGCAUAAAACUUCUGGGGUCGUUUAUGUAGUCACUGAAAUAAUGAAUAUUAACUAGCAGUUUGAAAUUCACAGGUGGUCUUCCUAUCGGUAAAUUUAAAAUCUGGCUUUUGGUCUGACUUUAGGGCAUUUAAUAACUGCAUGUAUUGCUGCACCAGUGAUUUACCAAAUAGUUACUUUGAACUGGAGCAGUUUUAGCCCUCUCAUUCAGACAAUGUGUUAAUCUGUCUUAUGUUAACAUUUAUAUAAACAAGAUAAAUUAUUAAAUACAGCUAUUUGUAAAGGUGAAUUGAACAGUGACCUGCCAAUAAAGUGUGAUAUGCUUACUCCUGUAUUGAAUAAUUUAGUGAAAAACUCCUCAUAUGUUUUUAUUAUGGGCUUCUCUGUUGCAGUUGAGUUUCUCUAUUGCAGUUGCCCUGUAGAUGGUUUCUUUUUUUCAGUUGGAGAUAUCCUGCUAAAGUUGUUGUAGGGUCAUUUUUUGUUAUUGAAAAAUAUGUGGACCUGCACAUUUGGUCUU